GUUUCCUCUUCAUCGACACAAUGACAUGCUUUCAAUCAGGCAUCAUCCAUAAUGAUUGAGAAUACAAGCCUUGGGAUAAGUCUGCAUGCUAGUACUGGUGACUGACACCUUGCACCUAUCAAUUUUCCUCCACCGACGACGUACGCAUCGUGCUCUUGGAUCCUUUCAAUUGACCUCGAAAGUUCACACAUGAGUACGCCUGUCCAUGCACAGUCGAUAUCCUCCCUCAAUGCCCUUCUCUCGAACCCUCCCCAGUACCCGCGAAAUCCUACGCACCAAGUCCACGAACCUCUCGUGCUCUACAUCGUCCGAGUCCCAGGCAGCAAAGAUGUCUUUCUCACGCCGCUCAAGCCCCCUACGAAGGCCUCCAUAAGUAUCGAGGCUGUCCGGUCGAGUCUAUACUUCCUCCACGUGGAACGACCGGAGGAUCAAAAUCUGAGAGAUUCGUUGGAGGCCACAAGGCUCGCCCAAAAUCAGAACACUAAUGUCUCACCCAUCCAAAGGAAGCCUCUUCCUCCCACGCCUUACGCAAAUUAUCCAGCCUCCCAAAGGCCUCCAACACCUCCAAAGAGUUACCCACACUAUCAGCCUCCGCUCCCAGGGUCGAACGAUGGAACUCAGGUGGAGCGUCACCUUGCCCGCGGCGCUAAUCUCAGGUUCUCUUCGGCAGAAACCACGAAACAAGCUGGCAUGCAACGGAAACCAGUAGGUGCUCGACCAAUGCCGGCGCUCCUAAGUUUGGACACAUCGUCUUGCACGUCUGCCCAGCCGGAGGCAGAUCGGCGAGGAUCCGUUGAUGGCUCCCAGAAUCAAUUCAGUCUGACAAGGAAGCCGGUACAAUCAGCGUCGCCAGUAGAGGCCGGCCCUAUCUCUCCUCAUCCAAUUACUACUUCGAGGGGAGUCUGGGGAACACAGUCUCCCACUGACGGUCAGGAGAAGGGGGCUAGUACUGCUUCCGGCGACACAACACGCAUCACUUUGAUUCGAAGAGAUCCUGCCUCGGGUACUCAAUGGAAUGUGGGCAGCUUGAUUCACAGAAACACUACACUAAGGGACAAACGCCUGGGAAAAUUCGAGAUUGAGCUCAACUCUCCUGGCUACACCAAAUUUGCUCAGUUGGAAAGUCCGGCAGGUCAAUGCUUUAGCAGAAACGUGGACUAUGUGCUAUUACCCAACAACGAAAUCGCCCCCAAGACCAGGCAAAGGAGCAAUUCGUCCGAGUUCUUUGCCAACACAAUCAAUGCGAACACUAAGAAGCCACGUCAUGCUUACUCGUUCACCUCGCCGUGGCAGGGUUUGUGUUCCUUCAGCAAUGGUUUGGAUGGGAAGAGUCUAAGAUGUCGCCACACUCUGCCAUCCGCCAACGUGUCGAUACCUGCAAUUGCAGCGGAUAUUGCAGAACUACGUUUCAACCUCGCAUGGUCUAUCCUGAGGCCCAAAGACGCUAAUAAGCAGACUGGUGAGGCGGCACAAUCAUCAGCAAAUUCAGCGGUAGGCCGUCCCGGGAUGCCGACGAACAAAGAGCAAUGGAGGCGAAGUUUUCAAGUCUUUUCACACAGGACUCGAACGCAGUUGUCCCACAGCGAAAGCAGCGGCGAGGUUCCAUCGACAAAUCCGACGCAAAGGCAUUCUGUCUACCAGGAGCAGUGGCCUGAGGAAGAAGGUCGACUGGACCUUGGACUGGGCCGCGAAAAAGCUGGUGGUGGAUUCAAGGGUCAUAGUGCUAAACUGGGAAAGCUCAUCAUAGAGGACGAGGGUUUGAAGAUGUGUGACCUGGUGGUAGCAGCAUGCAUGGGGGUCUGGUGGCAGCACUAUGCCAGUGAGCCAACGAAGUGAGCAGGCGUAUUGUAAUGCAAUGAUCAUUCGAGGACCUGUUGUAACCUG